AAAGGCUGCGUCCAAUUAAGCGUCGACAGCUCCCAUCGCUCUCCCAUCCGCGCCGGUCAUGGGCGCGCCAUGCCACGCCACGCCGGUGUAUUUAUUUGCUUAAGACCCAGCCAUGGGGCUCCCACUCCCACUCCCAGUCCUAGUUGAGCUCACAACACUCCUUGCUCCUCCUCUCCGCCUGCACGGCCCCGCCAGCUCUCCAUUACCGCCAGUACCAGCAGGAGUGACACACCGCAUAUACGACUGUUGAGUGGUUCAACUACCUGAGGCAGGAGAUGUCUUCGUCAAGGCCUGCUUCAAGUUCUUCCAGCAGAAACCGCCAGAGCUCCCGGGCAAGGGUAUUAGCACAAACAACCCUUGAUGCUGAACUCAAUGCUGAAUAUGAAGAAUCUGGUGACUCCUUCGACUACUCCAAGCUGGUUGAAGCCCAGAGGGACGCUCCACCUGUGCAGCAAGGGCGGUCGGAGAAGGUCAUAGCCUACUUACAGCACAUUCAGAAAGGAAAGGUAAUCCAAACGUUUGGUUGCCUAUUGGUCCUUGAUGAGAAGACCUUCAAUGUCAUUGCGUUCAGUGAGAACGCACCAGAAAUGCUUACUACAGUCAGCCAUGCGGUACCCAGUGUUGAUGACCCCCCAAGGCUGGGUAUUGGCACCAAUGUACGGUCUCUUUUCAGUGACCAAGGUGCCACAGCACUGCAUAAAGCACUAGGGUUUGCUGAUGUUUCUUUGCUGAAUCCUAUCCUAGUACAGUGCAAGACCUCAGGCAAGCCUUUCUAUGCCAUUGUUCAUCGAGCAACUGGUUGUUUGGUGAUAGACUUUGAGCCUGUAAAGCCUACAGAAUUUCCUGCCACUGCUGCUGGUGCUUUGCAGUCUUACAAGCUUGCUGCCAAGGCAAUCUCCAAGAUCCAGUCAUUGCCAGGUGGAAGCAUGGAGGUGCUAUGCAAUACUGUGGUUAAGGAAGUUUUUGACCUUACAGGGUAUGAUAGGGUUAUGGCUUACAAGUUCCAUGAAGAUGACCAUGGUGAGGUCUUCGCCGAGAUCACAAAGCCUGGUCUUGAGCCUUAUCUAGGCCUGCACUAUCCAGCCACUGAUAUCCCUCAAGCAGCCAGAUUUCUUUUCAUGAAGAACAAAGUACGGAUGAUUUGUGAUUGCCGUGCGAGAUCCAUAAAGGUCAUCGAAGCUGAGGCACUCCCCUUUGAUAUUAGCUUGUGUGGUUCAGCACUCAGGGCACCACACAGUUGCCACCUUCAGUAUAUGGAGAACAUGAAUUCGAUUGCAUCCCUUGUCAUGGCUGUUGUGGUUAAUGAGAAUGAAGAGGAUGAUGAAGCUGAGUCUGAACAACCAGCGCAACAGCAGAAGAAGAAAAAACUAUGGGGCCUCCUUGUUUGCCACCAUGAGAGCCCAAGAUAUGUCCCUUUUCCGCUGCGUUAUGCUUGUGAGUUCUUAGCUCAGGUGUUCGCUGUCCAUGUCAACAGGGAGUUUGAAUUAGAGAAGCAGUUGCGUGAGAAGAGCAUACUGAGGAUGCAAACCAUGCUCUCUGAUAUGCUGUUCAGAGAAGCCUCUCCCCUGACUAUUGUAUCAGGGACACCCAAUAUCAUGGACCUAGUCAAAUGUGAUGGUGCUGCUCUCCUGUAUGGGGGCAAAGUAUGGCGUCUGCAUAAUGCUCCAACCGAGUCUCAGAUACAUGAUAUCGCCUUCUGGCUAUCAGAUGUUCACAGGGAUUCCACUGGCCUGAGUACUGACAGCCUCCAUGAUGCUGGCUAUCCUGGAGCUUCUGCUCUUGGUGAUAUGAUAUGUGGAAUGGCAGUGGCUAAGAUCAACUCCAAUGAUAUUCUUUUUUGGUUCAGGUCACAUACAGCUGCCGAAAUCAGAUGGGGAGGUGCAAAGAAUGAUCCGUUGGACAUGGAUGACAGCAGAAGGAUGCACCCUAGGUUGUCUUUCAAAGCCUUCCUUGAAGUUGUCAAGAUGAAGAGCUUGUCUUGGACUGACUAUGAGAUGGAUGCUAUUCAUUCAUUGCAACUUAUACUUCGAGGGACACUGAAUGAUGCCAGCAAGCCAAAGCGGGAAGCUAGUUUAGAUAACCAGAUUGGUGAUCUAAAACUUGAUGGGCUUGCUGAACUGCAGGCGGUGACCAGUGAAAUGGUUCGUCUAAUGGAAACAGCAACUGUUCCAAUCUUGGCAGUAGAUGGCAAUGGGCUGGUCAACGGGUGGAAUCAGAAAGCAGCGGAGUUGACUGGGCUAAGAGUUGAUGAUGCAAUAGGAAGACACAUACUUACACUUGUGGAGGAGUCCUCUGUACCAGUUGUCCAGAGGAUGCUAUAUCUAGCUCUGCAGGGUAAAGAAGAGAAAGAAGUUCGAUUUGAGGUAAAGACCCAUGGCCCGAAGAGGGAUGAUGGUCCAGUUAUCUUGGUUGUGAAUGCUUGUGCCAGUCGGGACCUUCAUGAUCAUGUUGUUGGAGUGUGCUUUGUUGCCCAGGAUAUGACUGUCCAUAAGUUGGUGAUGGACAAGUUUACUCGGGUUGAGGGUGACUACAAGGCAAUCAUUCACAACCCAAACCCACUCAUUCCUCCUAUAUUUGGUGCUGACGAAUUUGGAUGGUGUUCUGAGUGGAAUGCUGCAAUGACCAAGCUGACUGGGUGGAACAGAGAUGAGGUGCUCGAUAAGAUGCUUCUCGGCGAAGUGUUCGACAGUAGCAAUGCCUCCUGCCUUUUGAAGAACAAAGAUGCAUUUGUAAGUCUAUGUGUUCUUAUCAACGGUGCAUUAGCUGGCGAAGAAACAGAAAAGGCUCCAUUCGGCUUCUUUGACCGAAGCGGAAAGUACAUUGAGUGUCUUCUAUCAGCAAACAGAAAAGAAAAUGAGGGUGGUCUCAUCACUGGAGUAUUCUGUUUUAUUCAUGUUGCUAGUCAUGAGCUGCAACAUGCAUUACAGGUGCAGCAAGCCUCGGAACAGACAUCACUAAAAAGGCUGAAGGCUUUCUCCUACAUGAGACAUGCGAUCAACAACCCUCUCUCAGGCAUGCUAUACUCUAGGAAAGCAUUGAAGAACACAGAUUUGAAUGAAGAACAGAUGAAGCAGGUCCAUGUCGCAGAUAAUUGUCACCACCAACUAAACAAGAUACUUGCGGACUUGGAUCAAGAUAACAUCACCGAAAAAUCUAGCUGCUUGGAUUUGGAGAUGGCUGAAUUUGUUUUGCAAGAUGUGGUGGUGGCUGCUGUUAGUCAAGUACUGAUAGCUUGCCAGGGAAAAGGGAUCAGAGUCUCUUGCAACCUGCCAGAAAGAUUCAUGAAGCAAUCAGUCUAUGGCGAUGGUGUUCGACUCCAGCAGAUCCUCUCUGACUUCCUGUUUGUUUCAGUAAAGUUCUCUCCUGUUGGAGGUUCUGUUGAGAUUUCUUCUAAGCUGACGAAGAACAGCAUCGGAGAAAAUCUUCAUCUUAUUGACCUUGAACUUAGGAUCAAGCACCAGGGAUUAGGAGUCCCUGCAGAGCUCAUGGCACAAAUGUUUGAGGAGGACCAGGAGCAGUCAGACGAGGGCUUGGGCCUCCUAGUUUGUAGAAACCUGUUGAGGCUCAUGAAUGGUGAUGUACGCCAUCUAAGGGAAGCUGGCGUGUCAACCUUCAUCCUCACCGCCGAACUUGCUUCCGCUCCAACUGCAAUGGGACAAUGAUGAAGAAGCCAGUGCAACAUAUGGUCAUAAGAUGCUCUGAUUCAGUUCAUGGAUAGCCAUGCGCAAUGGUGAGUCGGUGGUAUUUUCUGGAGAGGAUGCGAUGUACUGUAUCAUGUAGUAAAAUUAGUGAAUGCAGCAACAAGGUUGGGUUGUUCAAUUGCUCGAUAGGGUAACGGUUGUGUGUGGCACAGCUUGGCUAUGUACUUCUGCUGUAUUAUGUUUCUGUCAUCCUACCGUGUAAGGUUCAAGUUUAAAUUUGCAUGAAUAAAGAUGUGCAGACGUACCUGCACUUUGGUCUC